AUAAUAAAAAAAAAAGCCAGGGAAGCGAGAGGGCAAGUGGAAACAGUGUUUGUUAGCUGUCGUCGGGACCCGAACGCAGACCUGGCUGCCCACAUGCCGAUCGAAUUUGUUUGCAAAAUCAAAUUUGCUGAGGAGGAUGAGAAGCAGAAGGGCAGGCAGGAGGGGGACAGGGAGAGUCUGAUCGAGGAGAGCUGUGCACGUCCGGUCAAAGACCUGGCCGGCUUCGCCAACUCCUGCUCCCUGCACGGGAUUAACCACAUCUUCGUCGCGGGCCGCUUGGGCGUCCGGCAGACCCUCUGGGCGCUGGCCUUCCUACUGUCUCUGGCGUUCUUCCUGUACCAGGCAGCCAAGUGCGCCAUCUCGUACCUGGAGCACCCGCACGUGACCGCGCUGAGCGAGGAGGCGAGCCGGGAGAUGGUGUUCCCCGCCGUCACCAUCUGCAACAUCAACCGCUUCCGAUUCUCCGCGCUGACGGACGCCGACAUCUACCACCUGGCCAACCUGACGGGACUGCCACCCAAAAACAAGGAUGGCCACAAGCCCACGGACCUGGAGUACCCUGCCCCCGACAUGCAGGACAUCUUCAACAGGACGGGCCACCAGUUGGAGGAGAUGUUGAAGAGCUGCAAUUUCAGUGGGCAGAACUGCUCAGCCAGAGACUUUUCUGUGGUGUACACAAGAUAUGGAAAAUGCUACACAUUCAACGGAAACAGGACCACGUCCAGGAAAACAAAGCAGGGAGGAAUGGGCAACGGGCUGGAGAUCAUGCUGGACAUCCAACAGGAUGAGUAUCUGCCAAUCUGGAGGGAGACGAAUGAGACCACGCUGGAAGCAGGCAUCCGGGUUCAGAUCCACAGCCAGGACGAGCCCCCGUACAUCCACCAGUUGGGCUUUGGGGUCUCCCCAGGGUUCCAGACCUUCGUCUCGUGCCAGGAGCAGAGGCUGACCUACCUGCCCCAGCCCUGGGGUAACUGCCGCACUGGGGCAGGGGAGCUGAUCCCGGGAUAUGACACAUACAGCAUCAGCGCCUGUCGCCUGCACUGCGAGACCAGUGCCGUGCUGCAGGCGUGCAACUGCAGGAUGGUCCACAUGCCUGGAAAUGCCACCAUCUGCCCCCCUAACAAAACCAACUGUGUAGACAACGCUCUGGUCUCUCUGCAAAAGAAACCAAGUGACUCCUGCCCAUGUGAGACGCCCUGCAACCUGACCCGCUACGGUAAGGAGCUCUCCAUGGUGAAGAUCCCCAGCAGGGGCUCCGCCCGCUACCUGUCCAGGAAGUACAACAAGAGCGAGGACUACAUCAGAGACAACUUCCUGGUUUUGGAUAUUUUCUUCGAAGCUCUCAACUAUGAAACCAUAGAGCAGAAAAAAGCAUAUGAUGUAGCUGGAUUAUUGGGUGACAUCGGCGGUCAGAUGGGAUUGUUCAUUGGUGCCAGUGUUCUGACAGUCCUGGAAAUAUUCGACUAUAUCUAUGAGGUGGUCAAAGCCAGGCUGCUGCGUCUCGUGAAGCCGCAAAAGAAGGACAAGAAGACUGAUCUGAAACAGGAUCAGAGGAGUACUGUGGCCACAGUCAUUCUGUCAGAUAAAAAGGAACCCAACGAAGCUCCCAGAAGCCACACGGAAGGGGCCGCCUAUCCCACAGGAAUACUCCCCAAUCACCACCACCACCACCAUGUGCACCACCAGGGCCUCUUUGAGGACUUCGCCUGCUAGGGGGAAUCUGAAGGAUUCCGAUUCAGCAGCUUUUUCCUUCCGGUGCUGGAUUUGGGCUUGAUAACAGACCCUUGGAUUUCUGAACUACCUUUCCUUCUGUCACCAGUGAAAGCUACAGCCAAAGCCGAACACCAAGCUCGUGCUGCUAACAGACCUCACAUUGUGAGAUGGCACAGAUUGGAUGUCAACAUUUGGUUCAACGGGAGACUCUCACCCUUUCUGCUCCGCUCCAGGGAAGCUGUCCUCUUGGCUACAAUGCUAUUUAUAUACCAAUGAUUUUGCUAUUGGCCACGCCAGAGACACAGAACGAUGACUGCAUGUUACCAAGACCCAGUUUAUACUGAAAUAUUACCUUACGUCUUUGUCAUGUUGAUAAUUUGAUAGAUCGAUCCGAGUCCACAGAGUUUGUGUUCUUUUAGACUGUACUGUAAUAUGUUAUGAUUCCACCAGAAACCCAAAUAUAUUCAGUGGCUUUUAAUGCCAGUGUGACCCAUAACUACCAUAAGGAGCCAUGACUGUACUUACAAGAAUGAUACUCCAUGUUUAUCAGUCUGGGUAGGAACCAUCGUUUCAUAUUAAGAGACUCAGUCGUAUACACCAGUAAAUUAUAACAACCCUAUCACAAAACGUGUUAGCUUACUUUGCGUUUGUUGACAGUUUGUAAUAAUUCAAAGAAGUUAAGCGCGUUUUAAAAUCAUAACAACGUUUCCCUUUCUAUAGUCGUUUCUGCAAAAGUACACAUUAUGUCCCACGCUUUUCCUGUGACAAGUAGUCUGUCAGAACAUGAAAAUAUGCUUAUUUGAAAUCACAGCAGUCCACAGACACAGUCUCUUAUAUCUUUAACUCCAGAGAAACGGUAGUAUUUUUCCUACACCUACAAAGAGAAAUGCAGGCGUGAGAUCACUGAAUGUCAUAUAAAUGCCAUGUUGCUGGACAGAGAUGGUUCUCCUGAUGAAGUCUUCUGAAGGAUUUUUUCUCUUUAGCAUUAAAUCAGUAGGUAUGCAUUUACAGACACUACUACUGUAUCUCUACAUUCCUCAGGGACCCGCAGACGGUCCACGGUUCUGCUGUCUCCUACUGGGAGCUGGGAGGGAGCAGAAAUGUGGACCAGCUGGGGGUCUCCGAGGACUGUACUAGGAAACACUGGUCUAGUGAAAAGGUGUUUGGAUGUUGACGCCCCUGUCAGGAAAUAUCAUAGGAAAGAGAGGAAGAGGUAGAGAGAGAUGUGUAGAUAUAUGUCAGGAGGGGUUUGUUCCAUACCUGUAGCUAGAAAUAAAUUUCAAUUUUGGGAGGGGAGGAGUUCACCUAACAGGACACAGAAUCCUAUUCUAAUACUCGCCAUUUUCCGAAAAUUCCUGCAUGUCUGAACGGUAGCAAACGUGGGGGAUUCACACAUAGCUACGUGUCAGAUUUGUUGGUCAUCUGAGUGGAUGAAGCUGGUUUAGUGUCAUUUGUCUGACUGUGUGGAGAUGGCAUGAAAGUUCUCCACAGCCAUUGUUAAAAAUGCCGAAGACCCAGGGCAUCUCUGUAUGGCCACAGCUGAAUGCGACUGUGACUGGCAGCUCACUGUGGUUUGGCACGUCCCAUUCAUUCCACCUGAGUCUCCCCUGCUUCUGCAACGGACCGAGCUGUAGCUUCCCCGUCACACGCCAAAGAUGUACUAUGGAGGAGCAAAGAGCCUGGAGCCAUUUUGCGUGUGGUCCAGUACCUGCUCCCUGAUUGGCUGGAGGUCUGUAUGACUUCGUCGAGAAGAACUGAAUGUUUAACACCCCUGAAUAACAAAACUGCACAUAUGCUAUUCUGACUAUACUUUUACAGGCACCGUUUUACUGCAGCAUCCAGAAACACACACAUUACAUAACCAUGCUUACAGAAACAUGCACCUUUAAGGAGUUCGGGCAAUAUUUUGCAUUGUGCUAUUCUUUUCAGGCAUCAUACACAAUCUCUGUGCAAACUACAUAUCACGCAUUAACAUAAAAUUGCAGUAAUAAGUACUUUAAAAGUACAUAUAGCUCUAAGUCUCACGUCAUUGUCAUGCAUGCAGCAUGGAUAUAUUUUUAUCAGCAUAUCAUACUGAAGCUUUGUAACAGCUGAAGUUAUAUUUUACAAGAUUUUUCUAAUAGAAAUAUUUAU